CCAACAUGAUAUUGUUAUGAUUUUCCUUAUAUUUAUUUUUUUCAAAUUUAGUGGAUUAAUUGAGAGAUUAUUGUUAGCUGUAAUUGUUAUUACUACUAUGGUUAAUUUUUGGAAAGAGAAAGGUAAACGGGAAGUCUUCACACAGGCUGACGGCUCUCCGAAAAUUUACUCGGUCCAUCUGCUCCCUCUCCUUCUCUCUCUAGAUCACAGUACACUAUAUUCUUCGGUUGCUUUAUCAUUUAUGAAUCUAUAAUUUGAUUUCACAUUGACUGCAUUUUUGUGAUUGAAAUUGGAUUCGGAUCGAGAAACAAACGGCUAUAGUCUAGAGAAACAGACGCCGCUCGGCUGGAUCUGAUCUGAGUCUAGCGGAGAUGGCGUUGUCAGGUAUGAGAGGUCUCUCCGUCUUCAUAUCUGAAAUCCGUAAUUGCCAAAACAAAGAACAAGAACGCCUUCGAGUUGAUAAAGAACUUGGCAAUAUCCGUACACGCUUCAAAAACGAAAAGGGGUUGACACCAUAUGACAAAAAGAAAUAUGUUUGGAAAAUGCUUUACAUAUUUAUGCUAGGGUAUGAUGUGGACUUUGGUCAUAUGGAAGCUGUUUCUUUGAUUUCUGCACCAAAAUAUCCAGAAAAGCAGGUUGGGUAUUUAGUGACAUCAUGUUUGCUCAAUGAGAAUCAUGAUUUUUUAAGAUUAGCAAUAAAUACAGUUCGCAACGAUAUUAUCGGACGCAAUGAAACUUUUCAGUGUCUUGCAUUGACAAUGGUUGGGAAUAUUGGUGGUAGAGAAUUCGCUGAAUCACUAGCACCCGAUGUUCAAAAGUUACUUGUCUCAAGCAGUUGCAGACCACUGGUGAGAAAAAAGGCUGCACUUUGUCUUCUGAGGCUUUUUAGGAAAAACCCUGAUGUGGUGAAUGUAGAUGGGUGGUCUGAUCGAAUGACACAGCUAUUAGAUGAAAAAAAUCUUGGUGUUUUAACAUCAUCAAUGAGUCUUUUUGUUGCUUUGGUUUCUAACAACCAUGAAGCAUACUGGAGUUGCCUUCCAAAAUGUGUUAAAGUAUUGGAAAGACUUGCUAGAAAUCAAGAUAUUCCUCAAGAAUACACGUAUUAUGGUAUUCCAUCUCCUUGGCUUCAAGUCAAAACAAUGAGGGCUCUUCAGUAUUUCCCAACUGUUGAAGAUCCAAACACAAGAAGAGCAUUGUUUGAGGUUCUACAACGAAUACUCAUGGGAACAGAUGUUGUGAAAAAUGUUAACAAGAACAAUGCUUCUCAUGCUGUUUUGUUUGAAGCUCUUGCUCUUGUUAUGCAUCUUGAUGCUGAAAAAGAGAUGAUGUCUCAGUGUGUAGCUUUGUUAGGGAAAUUUAUAGCUGUUCGUGAGCCAAAUAUCCGUUAUCUUGGUCUCGAGAACAUGACUCGAAUGUUGAUGGUUACAGAUGUCCAGGACAUAAUUAAGAGACAUCAAGCUCAAAUUAUCACCUCAUUGAAGGAUCCUGACAUCAGCAUUCGGAGACGUGCACUGGAUCUACUUUAUGGUAUGUGUGAUGUUUCAAAUGCUAAAGACAUUGUUGAAGAACUAUUGCAGUAUCUUGGAACAGCAGAUUUCACAAUGCGUGAAGAGUUGGCACUAAAAGCUGCUAUUCUUGCUGAGAAAUUUGCCCCUGAUUUAUCAUGGUAUGUUGAUGUUAUUCUUCAGCUGAUUGACAAAGCAGGAGACUUUGUCAGUGAUGACAUUUGGUUUCGUGUUGUGCAAUUUGUAACCAACAAUGAGGACCUUCAGCCUUAUGCAGCUCUGAAAGCUAGAGAAUAUCUUGAUAAGCCUGCAAUACAUGAGACAAUGGUGAAGGUUAGCGCAUAUCUGCUUGGAGAAUACAGCCAUCUUUUGGCCAGACGACCUGGGUGUAGCCCAAAGGACAUUUUUGUCAUUAUACAUGAGAAGCUUCCUACUGUAUCAACACCAACAAUUUCCAUUCUUCUCUCAACAUACGCAAAGAUUUUGAUGCAUUCUCAACCACCAGAUCCCGAAUUACAAAACCAGAUCUGGGCAAUUUUCAGCAAAUAUGAAACAUGCAUUGAUACUGAGAUACAACAAAGAGCUGUGGAGUAUUUUGCAUUGAGUAGGAAAGGUGCAGCUCUGAUGGAUAUAUUAGCAGAAAUGCCAAAGUUCCCUGAACGUGAGUCUUCAUUGAUCAAGAAAGCAGAAGACACUGAAGCUGAUACUGCAGAGCUAAGUGCUAUCAAAUCACGCACACAACAGCAGGCUUCUAAUGCUUUAGUGGUGACAGAUCAGCGCGAACCUCCCCAACUUUGUAUGGUCAAAAUCCCUAGUGUUGACCAUAACUCUGUGAGUGUUGACCAAGAGUUGACUCAAGCUAAUGGAAUUUCACAUGAAGUUGACCACCCUCAACCUGAUAUUCUUGGAGAUCUUUUAAGCCCACUGGCUAUUGAAGCACCACCUCCUGUAAGUGAAGAUGAUGCAUUAGCUCUUGCACCUGUUGUAGAGCAAGAUAAUCUUGUAAAGCCGAUAGGAGACAUUGCAGAAAGAUUUCAUGCCUUGUGUCUUAAAGAUAGUGGAGUUCUAUAUGAAGAUCCUUAUGUUCAGAUUGGUAUCAAAGCAGACUGGCGAGGUCAUCAAGGUCGCCUAGUCAUCUUUUUGGGGAACAAAACAACUUCUUCACUUACUUCAGUUCAAGCAGUGGUUCUGCCUCCAUCUCAUUUAAAACUGGAACUCUCAUCAGUACCUGAAGUUAUACCUCCACGAGCACAGGUUCAAUGCCCUGUUGAAGUGGUAAAUCUUGGUCCAAGUAGGGAUGUUGCAGUUCUUGAUUUCUCAUACAUGUUUGGCACCAGCUUGGUUGAAAGUAAGCUCCGGCUUCCUGCAGUAAUAAACAAAUUUUUCCAGCCUAUACCAGUAUCCACGGAGGAGUUUUUUCCACAGUGGAGAUCACUGGCUGGACCUCCUUUGAAACUUCAAGAAGUGGUAAGAGGUGUAAGAGCUAUGUCAUUGGGUGAAAUGUCACAUUUGUUCAGCAGUUUGAGGCUUAUAGUUUGCCCUGGACUCGAUCCAAAUCCAAGUAAUUUAGUUGCAACCACAACAUUUUAUUCAGAAAGCACACGGGCCAUGUUAUGUUUGGUAAGAAUCGAAACAGAUCCAGCUGACAGAACACAACUCCGCAUGACAGUUGCAUCACAAGAUCCAACACUAACAUUCGAGUUAAAGGAAUAUAUCAAGGAACACUUGAUUAGCAUUCCCACAGCCCCUAGCAUGCCACAACAACCUCAACCAAUUGCAUCGUCAGAUCCCGGGGCUUUACUUGCUGGUUUGCUUUGAACAUAAUUUUUAUCCGAUAUUUUUUUUUUCAUGGCAAUAAAAAAGAAAAAGAAAAAGAAAAACCGUAGAGGGUGGGUGUUACACUAGAGUUGGGGCUCUUUCGGGAUUUUUUGCACAAUUAGAUUGUGUGAGUGUUGGU